AUGCGUGAUUACCCAAUAUUAACCUUCUCACAGACGCGCAUCCCGGCGCUGUAUGAUCUCUCGGCCGACCAGCAUGACAGCGGCUCGUUCUGGACAUGCGCAUUUCUUACGACCACUACGGGACGACAAUACCUAUCCCUUCAGCACAUCCUCGGUUCCAACAGUGCAUCGUCCGUCUGCAAGUCAUCCAUCCUCGAUUUGAGCUCCAAACAGUACUGGAACGAUCUGACGUAUUGCGAGCCUACCAAUGAAACAACUGCCGGCACCGUUGGAGUGCACCUGGACAGUUACGGUUUUGGAGCGACAUCUGAAGACAAAAUCAGCUCCAUGUAUGCCUUUGGUGCCGGCGAGAACUACUCGUAUGAUCUGCAAUUCGCUGCCAAGUCGAAGGUGCUACUCAAUGGCGGCAAUGGUGUCAUCACAUUCGGCCUUGGAUUUGUCAACUCGACUGAAUGGGCUAUUCCCUCAAUGCGAACAACUGGCACAGUCACGCUGAACGAUCGGACUGAGGCCAUUGACCCCAAAAGAUCAUUCACUUGGUAUGAUCGACAGGCAGGAUUCGGCGCCCCUCGCAAUUGGACUUGGUUCCAGCUUCAUUUCCCCGGUUCCGAGAUCAAAGCCAGCAUUUGGGCGUACGACCUGGUAGACACAGAUACGGUAAUGACGAACAGGUUUGCUACAGUCCGAUUUGGGGAGGAAUCUCAUCUUAUCCUCGCAUACAACCUGCAUGCGAGCGACGAGUCCUGGACAUCCCCAAACACAAACAUCACAUACCCACUCCGAUGGACGCUUGAAUUCGAGAAUGGAGAUAAGUUGUUUAUUGCAUCUGUCAGACCGGACCAGGAGAUGUAUGGCCCCAGGGCUAUUGGAGAUUCCGUCUACGCAGGCUUUGUCACAGCCAAGGGCAGAUUUCUUGGGCAAAGGGUGGGAUACGGCGUGGUUGAGAUGAUUACGCUAAUGUAA